AUGUCUACUAUUCUCGUCACGGGAGGAAAUCGAGGCAUCGGCUUCGGCAUCGCCCAGGCCCUCGCAAAUCGGAUACCUUCGUCCACCAUCAUCUUGGCCUGCAGAAACCUUGCAAGUGGCCGUGAGGCAAUCGACCAAUUGCGAGGACAGGGCAUCUCAUCCAAGCUGGAUGCAGUCCAGCUUGACAUUGAAGAUAUCCAGAGCAUCACGACGGCGGUCGAGGCUGUCAACGACCGAUAUGGAAAGCUGGACGGUGCGUAUAUCGAGAAAUCACCUUGUGCUUCCUGUUACCUGUACAACAUUCAGCUCAUGCAAUUUGCCGUCUUAUUGCUAGUGCUCAUCAACAAUGCUGCGAGCCUUGAGAUGCCCCAAACUCAGGAUCUCGCCGAGCUGAGGGACUGCUCCAACAUCAACUUCAACCGCUGCGUCACAUCCAACAUCCUUGUGACCAAGGCGUUUGUUCCGCUACUCAGAAAGAGCCCUUGGCCGAGAGUCAUCAUGAACUCCAGCGCCAGAGGAAGUCUCGGUCGCACAGCAAGCAGAGAGCUUCCGCCUGUGGCUCUGAUCGAUUACUGCGUGUGCAAGGCCGCGCUCAACAUGCUGACGCUGCAUUAUCAGAUAAACGAGGACAACUACAAGGACGGUGGGGAAAAGAUCACCUUCUGGAGCGUCAGCCCUGGCCACACGAAGACGGCCUUCAACAACUAUCAGGGGAAGAAGGAUCCCGUGGAUAGUGCCGAGGCAUUCGUACGGCUGCUGGAAUCUGAAAAGGGCGCCAUCGAGCCGGGGACUUUUUGGGAGUACGAGACUGGCAAGUUUCAAGUCGUGCCCUGCCGCGUUCCACCGGCCGCGGCUUAUACCACAUCUAUGCCCAACGCUCCUCGCCUGACCUGUAGGACGAUUCCCGUCGAGCCUGGCCAGCUUCCGGCACCAGCAACUAAGCUCGUCAUCACUCAGGUGCUCCAAGCCAGUCAGGAUUCUCAGUUCUGGGCGUUGAUCACCGUGGGGGCGUUUUACGAUAGCCAAGAUCGCAUCAUUUGGAGCACAGAGCAGUUUGCCGCCCGCGUCGGCACUGACUCCGAGUCGGACGAGGAGGAAGAAGCUUCCGAGGCGGAGGCAGAGACGGGGCGUGAGUCUGAGGCCGAGCUUGAAGCUGAAGCUGAAGCUACGCUCGAGUCUGCGACUGAAUCUACGAUUGAACCUAGUUCACCACCUGGUACGUUAAUCACGUUCAUUCUCUGGCAAUUCAUCAGCCCGUAUCACCUAGCUUUCGAGCUCGCCACCCUGAACCGUACUGGCAACACCCUAUCAGCGCGUAUCGAGGCUAUAAUAACCACGAAUCGGCCUUCUCUCCCUCUCGGGGCCCGCCUCAUUCUCAUCUUCGCCCCCAUUACCACGCUCACGCCCACGCCCACCCUUGUCCUCAUCACUUUCCUCACUCCUAUACCCACUCGUAUCCUCACCAGCCUCACAUCCACUACGUCGCUGCGCCCAGCUACCCAGCACCGUCACCACCUAUUGGCAGCCCACCUGCUGGCUGGAAUCCCGUCUUCUCCGGUCCUGUCCCAGGACACUGGCAAGCGUCCCUUACCGCAGACCAUGUCCGGCGGUUGGAAUCCGUUGACAGGCCGCGACUCCGGCUCCGGCCGCCCCGCCUAUGCUCCGUACGGAGCCCCUCAGCCGGCCCAAGGCCAAGCAUACAUUCCUCAUGCUGGCGGGCCCGGCUACUCCUUUGGUACGGCGCCUCAGCACAGCGCUUGGCCCAACAUGACUUACGGAUACUAUCCUCUAGCCGCCUCCCAAGGCGUCCCUCAGUAUGUCGUGCCCGGAGCCGGCUACCCUCCCACCCAGGGACCAACUGCCGGCUAUUACACGCAGCAGACCUACUCCUACCAGCCCAACGGCACGGGCAACAUGCUCCCUCGCCAGCCUCAGCCAUACCCCAACAUCGAUCCCACCAUGCCGGCCGCCCAGAUGACCAACACGACCGGCGGCACGGGCUGCGAGCCCGGCUACAACUACUUCUUCCCCGCGGAGCACACAAAGGCCCACGUCUUCAAGACGAACACGCCGCCCUGGCAGCUCCCGCCCACGGCACAGAUCCCCUUCAAGGCGGCGCACAUCCCGUGCAACACCACCAUGGCGGAGCUGCUCAAGGGCUUCGGCUGCACCAACGCGACGCCCAAGAAGAACAAGUGCUUCGAGGUCGUCAGCGGCGGAGGUGGCAAGUGGUACAAGGGCCUGGAGGUCAACGGCGCGGACAAGGACAUGCUGAAGAAGACGAUCAAGGACGUGGGAUGGGAUCCUACGAGGACUGGCAAUCCGAAUGAGAAGCCUGUUGUCUGCUUGUGGUUCUGCCGAGACUGA